CAUGGCUACCUAGUAAUCACAGAAUUUUUUUUAUCACACCCAUCAUAGCUGAUAUCUUUUCAAGAAGUUUUAAGUCAAGAAAUCAAGAAGAGUUACAAUUAGUUGCAUUUGAGACUAGAACUGCAGGUAUAAUCGGAAGCAGGUCUGUUUCAUAUGCAAUUCAAGAAAGGAAGAAAACCCAAAGAUGUCGAUUUCUCUCGAUCACAGUAUGUUAGAUUUACAAAAUGAAAAGAUAACAACCAAAGCAAGUUCCAACACAGCCUUAAAUGGAAUGGACUUAGGCACGAAGGAGUAAAGGUAAAGUUACAAACAACCAAUGGCUCCAUGCAUGAAAAAAAAAUUUGGCGAACGACAAAGGGUACUGAGUUAAUUCGAGUAUUCCAAUUGGAUCUGUGAUGGCGUGUGUCAUCAAAAACUGCCAACAACAUAUGCAGGGAUAUUGAAGGAUCUUCGCAGUCCACAACGGUAGGCAAUAAAAAGUAAGCGGAAUUGGAAUUCGUCUUAAGUUUUAAUAGAUAGGGUGACAGUGCGGCUGUAAACUUCCCAUCUUAAAAAUUAUGCCGAAAGCAGAACUUCUAGUAUUCCUUCUAGUUUCAGGUGGAUUUUUUUUUCAGUGCAUUAAUUGCGAAUGCCGAAAAAAAUCGCCAUAUUCAGAGAAAACCUUCCACUUUGGAUAGAAAACUUAAGUGGGAAGUUACUGUAGCUGCCUAAUUGUCCGAAUUUUGAAACAGAAAACCGGUUAAGAGGUCAGCGCCCUAAAAAGGAGAACAGCCUGAACAAGCCGCUUUCUCUCGCUUACAAAGAAUACUAUUUUGGACAACGAAAAUGUGUUACCGAAACAGGUUUCCUUUGGAAGUCAUUCAGCGAUAUGCGCGAGGAAUCGGUAUGCCGUGCCGAGACCUGCCACACAAGUGAUGUUACCAUCGGCCAAUAGCCUCAUCUACGAAAAUUUGAAUCGAGAAAAUGAUGAAAUGUACUGGAUUGACUCGAGUGUUCCGACUAGAUCUACGACAGCGAAUAUCAGUGAGAAUUGUCUGCAACAUACACAGGAAUAUCUCGUAGCCCUUCGCAGUCGUCAAUCGUGGGCAGUAAAAAUGUACGAAUCCUCCGGAAGAUUGGUCGAACACCUCCUCUAUAUUGCCGGGAGCGAAAACGUGCACAUCGAGUCUGGAUUGUUUGACGACUGUAUCUCUGUCCGAUCGGAUCCAAUCGCUUUCCAUGGGCAGUAUUGCACUGUAUUUUUUGGCCUGAAACCUGUAACAAACGAUCAAAGUGUCGAUGACCACGAAACAACCUCGAGUGAUGACUAUUGGACAUCGCAAGAAAACGUUUAUGACAGCGCAAAGCCAGCAGUAGGUUUUUGCCUCCCGUCAAGUUGCACAGCAAAGGAUUUACGCUCAGCUAUCAGCCAACGAGUUGGAUAUCGUGUCACUAAAGGUGCAAAUUUCUCGAUCACCGUGUUGGCAAGCGAAAAUAAUUGCUACACGCAAGAGAAAAUCAAUAGUACGACGUUCGAUACAUUCACCCGUAUCGUUUUGUCGGUUUUCUGUCUUUUAGCUUUUAUCGUUCUAUCAGCAACAGUUCACGAUGCGUGGACUGAAAAUGAAGUUUCAAAUGACUCCCCGAAAUCAUUUGCCCUUCAGCUGCUGCGUUGUUUCUCUGCUCAAAGAAACUGCAGAUCAUUGUUGUCCACUAGCGAAGAUGCAAAAAGCAGUUUAUCUUGUUUGCACGGAAUCCGGGUCUUGAGUUCCUUCUGGCUUGUGUUACUCCACUUCUGCGGAAUGGGCACAGUCGCUAGGCAGAUCUACAACAGGCCAAUGGCUUUGAAGUCGGUAUUUCGAUGGGAAGCUCAGUUCAUCGCUCAUGCCACCUUCGUCGUAGACACGUUUUUCUUGAUAAGUGGACUUUUAGUUGCCUUUGGGCAAAUGCGCUAUUUGGACCAAAACAACGGAUUCUUCAAUAUCAAACGAUUCUACAUUCGUAGAUAUCUAAGGUUAACUCCAGCAUAUGCAUUCGUUUUGAUGUUCAUCAUUACCGUCCUCCCGCAUCUGGGAACGGGACCUGAUUGGAAUUUUGUGCAACGCUUUAGCCAAAGUGUUCGUGGUAAUUGGCAUUCCCACCUCCUUUACAUAAACAACUACGUCUUUCCUACUCGAUUUACCAGCCCUGAUUAUGGGUUUGGUGAGGCAUGGUACGUUGCCUGCGACAUGCAAAUGUUUUGGUUAAGCCCAUUGUUCAUUUAUCCAAUUUGGCGUUGGCAAAAAGCUGGAAUAAUUUGGACGACAAUCAGCUUAUUGACCCUUUUCGGCAUUUCUCUUAAUGCAUUCAUCUCAUAUGAUCUACCCGCCACAAUUCAAUUGUCCAGAAAAUCGGAACUUGUCAAGCUAGACGCAUUCGCGAAUAAACAUUACUUGGAUACAUUUGCCAGGAUGCCUCCGUACAUUAUAGGAAUUCUCCUCGGAUGGCUGCUUCACAAGACAAAGAAUAAGAAAAUUCACAUCAAUAAAUGUCUAGUGACUGGUUGCUGGAUAUUGGCCAUACUUUUCGGAUUACUCGUCAUCUACGCAAUGUUUCCGUACGUGGAUGAAAAUGCAGUUCCAGUCAUAAAUCCAUUUGUUCGAUUCUCUUAUGGAGUUCUUCACCAUUCGGUUUGGGUGAUUGCGGUUGGUUGGGUUGUCUUCGCCUGUACUCACGGAUACGGAGGUUUUAUCGAUCUCUUUCUAUCGUGGAAAGUGUUUCUGCCGUUUAGUCGAUUAAGUUAUGGGGUUUAUCUGACUAACCUCAGCUUUAUUCUUUCAUACGGAGCUAACACACGUAAACCGUUGUACGUAAGCGACAUGUAUGUCGUUACAACAUUUUUGGGAAUUCUGUUAUCCGCAAUUGCUAUUUCAUCCUUUCUCUUCAUCUUCGUUGAUAUGCCAUUCCAAAAUUUGGACAAACUUCUGUUCUCGGAAAACUCAAAAGCUCCUAAGACGAAACAAACGUAAUUCUGUAACGGAUCUGCCGACCAAAGUAGCGGAAUAAAUCAUGAAUAGAUCAAGGUUUGAUAACAUUAUUUCUUGGAGAGAACAGAAAAAUGUCUUCCAAAGUGAAAGCCACCGAUGACAGAAUAUUAAAGUUCGUAAAAUGUAAAGAUUUAGGUUAACCCUAACCAAGUCCUUCUAUUUUCGUAAUAAAAAAAGACACAAACGAUUGUUGCUAA